GGUUCUUCUUCUCUGCUGUGCAUAUCGGUUAACGACAUAAGUGUUUUCUAAGGUCGCAACUAACAAUUAUUUUCAUUAUUGAUUAUAAAUGUCAGAAAAUUGUGACAAGUGCCCGUCACAAGUCAUCCUCGUCCGAGGUGAUGUCUUCUGUCUGAACAUCAGUCUAAAAUCCAAAGAUGUAGAGAGAAGCAACCAAUCAUCACGCAGCAGAAGCUGAUCAUGAAAAUAGUGAUUAAACCAAAAAACACAAAUCUUAAGUCAAGGUCCACGUUCUUGCUUUUUUGCCUAAAGUUUUUGUUCUCUUCCUUAGUUAUCAACUGGGAAGUCCACUUGACUGCUAUGUGACUGAAAGCUCCGGAGAAGGUAGUAAGUUGGCCUUGAGUGAAGAGGUUUCUUUGUUAAAGUCUAGCAGGGAUCAUUCAAACUGAAACUCUGAGUCACUGACAGAUUAUCAGUAUUAUUAAUCGGAUACGUCCUUUGAAUUGAUUAUCGUAAAGUUUCAGCUUCUCAAAUGUGAUUUACUCCGUUUUAUAUCUUUGUAAAAGAAACACGUUUGGUUUUCUAUUAAUCAAAACAAGAAGUUUGAAAACAUCACCUUUGGUUCUGGGACAUUUCUCACUAUAUUCAACCUUCUCUCGACUAACUCUUAACUAAUGAAUCAAGGAAGUGAUCAAUAGAUUAAUUUCUAAUGAAAAUAAUCAUUUGUUGCAGACCAUCCGUCUCCCUUUAUCUGUUCUUAUAUAAUGGGACAUUGUGAGGUCUCUCAUUCGCAGGUGUUUUAUUCCCACUUGGCCAAAUGAACUGAAUGAACGAGCUGAACGUCUCACAGAUGUAAUUAUCCACUCCAGACCUACUGUCGGUGAAUGUACAACCUUGGGAGAGCCUCUCGUGAUUUAUUGAAAGGGUUUUGUAAUGAUUUGCAAUCACAAACUGCUAUGACUAUUUAUUACCUUUCUUAUGUACAUUGUGGACAGAACGAAAGGGGGAUAAAGUCAGUAAGUUCACUUUUGGGUUUUCUCAGUGUUCAAUCCACAGAAACUAAAGGUAUUAACAAAACAUUUAAUUCUUCAAAUCUCAGCUCAAUCAAUGAAAGAAGGGCCACCAUUCAGGGUAUUUCUAAAGCUUUGUACACAAGAUUUGUUAAACAAGUUUUUGUAAGGAUGCCAAAAAUAUGACAAAAGGAUUUAAAAACAAUCUUUAAAUUAGAAACAUCAGUAUUUUAUAUGGAUGAGUUUGGGAUGUGCCGUAGUAAUUGAGAAAUGGAGAACAUCAUGUUCCUGAACCUUUGCUGUGGUUCUAUUACUGUGUUCAGUCAGUAGUUUUCCUGUUUUAUUAUCUCGAAGAUCAAAUACUGAAAUUGAACUUUUCACAAGCAAUUUUUAAAUACAAUUCUCUCUAGAACAGUCGAGAAGAAGUGAAGCUUUGUUCACACCGUCCCCCAAAAUUCCCCUUUAUGUAAUCUGUUAAUUUGUGACGGUAUUUCUAGAAUAACCGUAUGAUUAUGAUACUGUUCAGAAAUUAUGAAUGAGUUUUACUCAAAAUGAAAUCCAGCUUUUAGGGCAUAAAGAGCGAUGUGAUGGUGCACGGGGCAGGUUUCCAAAGAAGAAUUACUCUACGGACGGAAUGUCAAGAAUCCAUAUUUAUUAUUAAAGUAUCAUUCAAAGUCCAGCAAGACUCAAAAUAUAAACAAGCUUGUUGUUGGCAGACCUGACAGACAGCUUUGUUUACUUCCUGAACCUGUUGGAAGGAGGUUUGAACUACAUCUUAUGUUUGGCACUUUGUAAUCAAGUCAUCAUCGGGAGACGUCGUAGCGCUCAUUUACAGAGAAGCAGAAGGCUCUGUUUAGUCUGUGAAGUCUUUAUUUCCAUCGUUGCAUAAAGUCUGUUUCUGCUGUAUUUAGCAACCAAAGCUAGUGUCUGCAUGGUGCUGUCCUGAACCUUCUCGUCCCCUCUGAAGAUAUGAAUGGACAUUCUCGUGCUUUGUUGUCUAAACUCGAGCAGAGAACUGCUUUGGGUUACGACGUGAAACUAAUUCAGUGUCUGCGAUCGAGGCCGAGAGUUGAAUUCAGAAGCAGACAAACAGGGUCGGACUGAAAAACAAAAAAAAGCACAAGAACUUUUCUGUGAUGAUUCGGUACUAUUGGAGAUCAUUAUUACGUUUUAGGUGGUGUAAGUUAUGUUGUCCGAUAUGUUUUUUUUUGUUUUUUUUUCCAGUUCUUUGCCUGUGUCUUAUUUUAAAAACAUUGAUGUAAAAAAAGAUGGCGUUAUUUGAAUAAAUAAGAUCCGCUGUUUAACACUGCUGUGGUUUGAUCACACACUCUGUGACUGAUAAUAGGACGCAGUGAUGCCUGCUUCAAAUCAUUUGAGACUAGUACUUGUUCAGAAGGAUUUUAGACUUUUACUUGAUUCGUAUUACUUGAGAUAACUUCUACUUGACUGAAAUGACUUGAGAAUUGACUUGGACUCAUCCUGUUGGAUUUCAAACUUGAUUUGGAGUUGGUUCAAGUGACUUUAGACUCGACUUUGACCUGUCCUGAAGGACCACAGAGUUGACCUUUACUCCUCUCGAUGAACUUGAGACUUGGACUUGCCUUGGAGGACUUGUGACUUGUCUUGGAGGACUUGAAACAGCCGUAGGACUGGUCCCUAUGGCUUGUUUUGGACUAGUUUGAGUGACUAGAGACUUGCCUUUUAUCUGUUUCCAAUGAGCCCAGGCUGGAAUUGGACUUGUCCCAAAGAUCCUUAGCCUUGAACUUGUUUCGAAAAACUGUAGACUUGUCUUGGACAAGUCUGGGAACAUCUGCUGGAGGACUCGAGAUUUUACUUGCAUUCAUCCUGAUGGAUUUGUCUCAAAUCAUUUUAAAGUCAACUUCAACCUGGUUUGAAGGAACCCAGACUUGACCCGGACUCCUCUUGAUGAACUUGAGACUUCGACUUGUCUCUGAGGACUCGUGCCUUGUCUUGGAGGACGCAUCUGGGAGGACUUGAGUUUGGUGAUUUGGACUGGACCUAAUGGCUCGAUCUGGACUAGUUUGAAUGACUUGGACUCGUCCCAAAGAACUUUAGACUUGCACUUGUUUCGAAGGACUCGUGCCUUGUCUUGGACGCAUCUGGGAGGACUCGAGAUUUGACAUGCACUUGUCUUGACGGUCUUGACUUUGACUUGUUGAAUGACAUAAAAUUUGACUUGGACUUGACUUAAAUAACUUGAGACUUUGAUUGGACUUGUUUGAAUGACUUUACAUUUGUCUCAUUUAUUCAUCUUUUUCAAGAAAAGACUGAAGCCUUGAAGACGGCUCUGACCGUUACAGAACAGGCGUACUAAUGGCACCCAUCCCUCAGAUCCCACCCCCCUUUGCAUGGUGACUUGAACAUGAUCCUUUUGCUGGCUCCCCAGCUGCAAAGACAACAUGACAGAUGUCACAUCUUCAUGUGAAAAAGAAACAUUGACUGAUUAAUAGUAUUUCUGUGUGCCCACACAUGCAUGACAUGGAGAGACGGGCUGCACAAGCAGGUCCGUGUUAAUGAAUCUCUGGGUAGGCCGUUUACACAACUGGUCUGACGUCUGGAAAAAAAACGUCUGUCUGUGGACCUUUGCUCCUGCUGGUCCCUUUUUAAAAUCCAAAGGACGGACAUGUGGUCACUCUGCAGCAGCAGACUCUGCAUUUACACUGUCAAGACUGUAGAUGCUGAGACACUGUGAUUGAAAUUAGAGUUGUUUUGUCAGUUGUUUUUUUUUAGAGAGAGACAAAAAAAAAAAAACACCUUUGCAGCCAUGACCUCUUUUGACGACAUCUUGGAAGAAGCUGGGCAGUUCGGCCGCUGUCAGAAGCGUAUCUUCGCCCUGCUGUGCAUGGUGUCCAUGCCCUGGGCCGGUGUGUACGUCGGCAUCGUCUUCCAGGGUUUCACCCCGGAUCACUGGUGUCGGGACCCCGCGGUGGCAGAGAGGAGGCAUGCGUGCGGCUGGAGCCUGGCGGAGAGUCGCAGGCUGACGGUGCCUCUGGUCAACAGCUCCGGGGUGCUGCAGCAGAGCAGCUGUGAGCAGUACGAGGUGGACUGGAACGCCACAUCGCUCGCCUGCGAUACACAGGAACUGGACCUCAGCAAAACUCCCACAGGUGCCUGCAAAGGUGGCUGGGAGUACGACUAUGAGGGCAGGAACUCCUUUGUUACAGAGUUUGACCUGGUGUGCUCUGACGGAUGGUUGGUGGACAUGUACCAGGCCACUCUCAACGUGGGCUUCCUGAUUGGGAGCAUCGCAACUGGCUACCUGGCCGACAGGUUUGGCAGGAAAAUCAGUUUCCUGAUGUCCAACCUGUUCAACGGUAUCGCAGGAAUCCUGGUGGCCGUGGCUCCAAACUAUGUGGCUUUGCUGGUUUUCAGAACGCUCUACGGGUUCGGAGUGAAAGGGGGCUGGGUGGUCGGAUACGUGCUGAUCACAGAGAUCGUGGGGGUAGAGCACAGACGCACAGUGGGAGUCCUUUACCAGAUGUUCUUCAGUGUCGGCAUCCUCCUCCUCCCUCUGCUGGCCUACUUCAUCACCGACUGGCGCUGGCUGCAGGUCGUCAUCACUGUCCCUUACAUCUUCUUCCUGUCCUACUACUGGUUCAUCCCAGAAUCUCCAAGAUGGCUUCUCUCUCAGAAGAAAAAGUCCAAAGCUAUUGAGAUCACUAAGGCCAUGGCCAAAGAGAACAAGAGGACCCUGUCCAAGAACAUCGAGAAUCUGACAGAUGAUAACUUGGACUCCUGCGCUGCCUCCUUCAUGGACCUGAUCAGAACUCCAAAAAUGAGAAAACACACUUUUAUUCUCAGCUACAACUGGUUCACCAGCGCUGUGGUCUACCAGGGCUUGAUCAUGAGGCUGGGCAUUCUGGGAGGAAACGUCUACAUCGACUUCCUCAUCUCUGGCCUGGUGGAGUUCCCUGCUGCCUUCCUCAUCCUCUUCACCAUCGAACGCAUCGGCAGGCGCAUUCCCUUCGCCUCCGCCAACAUCGUAGCCGGAGCCGCCUGCUUUAUCACCGCCUUAAUCCCUGACAGCAUGUUCUGGUUCAAGACGGUGGUGGCCUGCAUCGGUCGGCUGGGCAUCACCAUGGCCUUUGAGAUGGUGGUGUUUGUUAACACCGAGCUCUACCCGACGUUUGUCAGGAAUCUCGGCGUGUCGGUUUGUUCCACUCUGUGUGACAUUGGAGGCAUCGUAGCUCCCUUCUUGCUCUACAGGCUGGCGGUCAUCUGGCUGGAGCUGCCACUCAUCAUCUUUGGGUCUUUGGCUUUCGUGGCCGGUGGGUUGGUGCUGCUGCUUCCUGAGACCAGAGGUGUGCCGCUGCCCGAAACCAUCGAUGACAUCGAGUUACCAGAAAAAGUGAAGGAGAAGGCUGGACUGAAGAAACAGCAGUUGGCCAACUUGCUGCCCAACGACGACGUGUCAACCAACAAAGAACCAACUUCAUUGGUUUUUUUGAUAUCUUUAACACCGAGAACUUGCAUUGCUGCAGCAAUGACGACGUUUGAUGACCUGCUGGAGGAGGCCGGCACCUUCGGACGCUGUCAGCAGCGCAUCGUCGCCCUGCUCUGUCUGGUGUCAUUGCCUUUUGCAGGUGUGUACGUCGGCACCGUCUUCCAGGGUUUCACCCCGGAUCACUGGUGUCGGGACCCCGCGGUGGUGGAGAGGAGGCAGGCGUGCGGCUGGAGCCUGGCGGAGAGUCGCAGGCUGACGGUGCCUCUGGUCAACAGCUCCGGGGUGCUGCAGCAGAGCAGCUGUGAGCAGUAUGAGGUGGACUGGAACGCCACAGAGCUCGCCUGCGAUACACAGGAACUGGACCUCAGUGAGGUCCCAGUUACCGGGUGCAAGAAUGGCUGGGAGUAUCAGUAUGAACGCAGGCAGUCCUUUGUCACAGAGUUUAACCUGGUGUGUUCAGAUGGAUGGUGGGUGGACAUGAACCAGUCCGCUCUCAAUUUGGGCUUCCUUAUUGGCAGCUUUGCUUUUGGUUUCUUUGCUGACAGGUUUGGGAGGAAGAUCAGUUUCCUGGUGUCCAACGCACUGAACGCAAUCGCAGGGAUUGGUCUGGCUUUGACUCCGAACUACAUCUCCAUCCUGGUGUUGAGAUGCAUCUUUGGCUUCGGAGCCAAAGGAGGAUGGAUGUCCGCAUAUGUGCUGCUCACAGAGAUAGUUGGAGUGGAGUACAGACGGACGGUGGGCAUUUUGUACCAGAUGUUCUACAGUGUCGGUGUCCUCCUCCUCCCUCUGCUGGCCUACUUUAUCACUGACUGGCGCUCGCUGCAGCUCGUCAUCUCCGUCCCCUACAUCCUCUUCCUCUCCUACUACUGGUUUAUCCCAGAGUCUCCGAGGUGGCUCAUCUCUCAGAACAAGUCUUUCAAAGCUCUGGAGAUCACUAAAGCUAUGGCUAAGGACAACAAGAGGAAACUCAACAACACUGUGACUCUGACCGACGAGGAGGGUGACUCGCCCUCUGCCUCUCUGUUGGACCUGGUCAGAACUCCAAACAUGAGAAAACACACUUUCAUCCUCAUGUUCAACUGGUUCACCACCGCUGUGGUUUAUCAAGGCCUCAUCAUGCGUGUGGGGAUAGCAGGAGGAAACGUCUACAUCGACUUCCUCAUCUCUGGCCUGGUGGAGUUCCCUGCUGCCUUCCUCAUCCUCUUCACCAUCGAACGCAUCGGCAGGCGCAUUCCCUUCGCCUCCGCCAACAUCGUAGCAGGAGCCGCCUGCUUUAUCACCGCCUUAAUCCCUGACAACAUGUUCUGGUUCAAGACGGUGGUGGCCUGCAUCGGUCGGCUGGGGAUCACCAUAGCCUUUGAGAUGGUGGUGUUUGUUAACACCGAGCUCUACCCGACAUACGUCAGGAACCUCGGCGUGUCAGUUUGUUCCAGUCUGUGUGACGUCGGAGGCAUCGUAGCUCCCUUCCUGCUCUACAGACUGGCGGUCAUCUGGCUGGAGCUGCCGCUCAUCAUCUUCGGGGUGGUUGCGUUGAUAGCUGGAGGUUUGGUGUUGCUCCUGCCUGAAACCAGAGGAGUUCCUCUCCCCGAGACCAUUGAUGAUGUUGAGUUUCCUAACAGGAAAAAAGAGGACGUGGCGGAGAACCAACAAAUGGAGAAACCUUUAAAAACAGACUUGACAAACAACAAGGAAGCAACAACUGUAUGACUGACUGAGUGCACAUAGAUGUGUGUGUGUGGACUUAUUCACUGUGAUACAACAAAAGUUUUUUUUUAUUUUUUACAAACAUUUUCUUUAAAUCAUGACUUCUCAAUUUUCUUUUGCAUUCAGUUUUAUUGUUCAACUCUUACAGAAAACAAAGCAGGAACAUGAUCUGCUUAUUAUGUUUCCACCACAAAAACACCUGUUAAUAUUAGAUACUACCAGACUAACUUAAGUAGUCGUGCUGGGGCAGAACAGUUCCCGCACGUUAUAUUAUUAUUAUUAUACUUAUAUUAUUAUAAGUAUCUUCAAAAAGCACAAUGAACCGUCACUUUCUGAUUGUUUCUCAUUAAUUGGCUUUGAUGGUUCUGUCGAUCCACUCGACAAACUUGGAGACUCGGGCGUAGACGCCGGGCUUCAUGGCAUUGGCGCAGCCCAGGCCCCAUGAUGUCACACCCUGCAGGAUGUACCUGUUCUGGGAGUUGCACACCAGAGGGCCGCCGCUGUCACCCUGCAGGGAGAACAAAUGUCAUGGUUGUCAGUUCAACUGCUGCCAGAACAUUUAUUGAUCUACAAGUGACACUGAUAUGGAAAAUGUAUAUCCACCAACCGAUGGAGAUAUUUACAAAUAAUUCAAGAUAUAUUUCUAAAAGACGCCAUCUUUCUUAGUUUAGCUGCCAAUUCUGCCAGUAGAGACUUCCCUCUGGUGGCGCCUGCUGUGCGCUACAUCACAUCUGUAUUUAUGAGGUUUUGGAAAAUCAUACAGUCUGGAUUUCUAAACACCGUGGUAUAUACGGUAAUACCACCCAAACCUACUAUACAGUUUUUCUAGAAAUCUUCCCCAGUAUCCAUAAUUUAGUUUGUGGGUUUCGUACCUGGCAGCUGUCUGUUCCUCCCUCGAUGUUACCAGCACACAUCUCGUGGUCUUUGACUCUGCCGUUCAGGUACGACGGACGAUUGCAGAUCUUGUUCUCGAUCACAGGGAAUCCAGUUUCCUUCAGGACGCCAUCACCCCCCGUACCUGCAACACACCGCCACACAUUUAUUCAGGUUCAGAAUAUCUAGUGCAUCUCUUAAUUCAACUAGAACUAAUGCAUUGUGGUCGUAUGCCUCCGCCCACCAGUGAAGUUGCAGUUUACAUCCAUGUCUGUCCAAAGUGUCAUUCCUUCAUUAUUUUAUCUGAUUAGACAUUUGUGUUUAAUUGUCAUAAUUAGCAUAAUGAAUUCUUGAGUUAUGGCCAGAAAAGCGUGUUUUGAGAGGUCACAGUGACCUUUGACCUUCACAUUCUCUUCAGUCUUUCUUUGCAAGUGGAAGUUUGUGCCAAAUUUGAAGAAUAUUGCACAAGGCAUUCCCGAGGCAUAAAAAGCAACACAAGAUAAAAUAUGUUAACUUUGGCUUGUAUCUGAAAUAAUUUAUAAUUAUUGGGCUUCUAUUAUUUGUCACCUUUCGACACUACAAAAUUGAUGAAGAUCUGAAAACAGUCCUUGCCUUAAAGAAUCGGUAGAGUGAGCUAUUAGUCACUGAAGGCUUUUAACUUGAUUUAAGAGAAAAAUACUGUCUGUUUACUCUUAUUUUAGUCUUUAAGCAAAAAACAACAACUCAUUAAUGUGGAAAUUCUACUCACUUUUCAAAACAACCCUACUCUUGAACUAGUCCUCUCAAUGACAUAGUAGUACAAGAGCGCACACACACACACACACACACACACACACACGACGUACUGUUACGUACCUUGAGUUUCACCCCAUCCGGUAACAUAACACUCAGUUCCACUGGGAACAAUGUAGUCAUUCUCUGGCAGACAAACUGGCAGGACUUUGUCAUUUAUUAGUGCCGGGCUGAAAGCACAAAAGAAGUACUCAGAUCUUCUACUUAAAAAUAGCAAUACCACAGUGUAGAAGUACUCUGUGACAAGCACAAGUAAUGCAUUCAACAUGUUGUAGUUGAAUACAAGUAUUAGCAUCAAGUUAUCAUGCAGUAUAGCCCAUUUUAGAAUAAUGUAUAUGAUAUUAUUAGAUGAUAAUAUUGAUGCAAUAAUAUGUUCAUCACUUUAUAGUUGCUGCUGGUAAAGGUUGGGGUUAUUUUAUUCAUUUUAGGGGUGUUGUGAUAUACUGAUAUUGACGAUAAAUGUGAUAUUUAAAAAAGGAAAUAUUGAUAUCAUGUUAAUAACACACAAGUGAUAACAUUGUGUGAAUAACCCUGCACCUCUUAAAUUAUUUCAUAUUUACAGUUAUGGUUACAGACUCUUCACUCUGAUUUUUUGAGUGUAAUAUAAAAAAAGAGACCAAACGCACAAUAAACUAAACUAAAGAUGAAUUUGACU